AUGGCUGCGGCGGGGGCCGGCGGCGGGACCCCCCUUUCCCCGCGGGCGCUGCAGCUGCUGCUGGCGCUGCUGCUGCUGCUGGGCGCCCCGCCGGGCGGCCGCGGCUUGCACACCAAAGGCGCGCUGCCUCUGGACACCAUCACCUUCUACAAGGUCAUCCCCAAGAGCAAGUAUGUCUUGGUCAAGUUCGACACCCAGUACCCCUAUGGGGAGAAGCAGGACGAGUUCAAGACCCUGGCCGAGAGCUCGGCCUCCAGCGAGGACCUCCUCAUUGCCGAGGUGGGGAUCUCAGAUUAUGGCGACAAGCUGAAUCUGGAACUCGGCGAGAAGUAUAAGCUCAGCAAAGACAGUUACCCGGCCUUCUACCUCUUCCAGAAUGGGGACUUUGAGAAGCCGGUGCGCUACCAGGGGCUGGUGAAGGUGGGCGCCAUCCAGCGCUGGCUGAAGAGCCAGGGCGUCUACCUGGGCAUGCCCGGCUGCCUACUCGCCUACGACACCCUGGCUGCCCAGUUCCUCGAUGCCGCCGGGGCAGAGGAACGGAAGGCCAUGAUAAAGCAAGGCCAGGCCAGCCUGGCUGGCGUCAAGGAAGCCGAGAAGAAGUGGGCCGAGCAGUACCUGAAGAUCAUGGGGAAGAUCCUGGAGCAGGGCGAGGGCUUUGUGGCCACGGAGACGGCCAGGCUCACCAAGCUAAUCGAGAAGAACCAAAUGAGCGAGGGGAAGAAGGAGGGGCUCCAGAAGACCCUGAACAUCCUCACUGCCUUUCAGAAGAAGGGGGUGGGGAGAGAGGAGCUCUGAAGAGGCCUGGGGGAGGGAGGCCUGGGGGGAUAGGAGCAGGAAGAAGGGGAGGCAUCCGUGGGACCGGUCCAGUGACCCGUGCAUCAGGGAUCUCCAGAUGCGGGUACCAGACGCACUCGAGAUCUUCCUCCCCGCGCCCAAGUGGUGAAAUUGGGGAGAACUCCUGUCAAACUGCCCCCAGAGAAGACUUGGUGCUAAUACCCACAAUAAACAGUGCGCUGCUCGGGCCCGGACAGUCUAAUUCUCUUCCAAAAUUAAAAGUCUCCAUGUCCCGGUUUGGUAGCCCCCCUCCCAAGUCCCUUCUUCUCUGGGUUUUCUCUCUCCCUCCUGCUGCCUGGGGAUCCCCUAGCUCUGUACUCUGAUUUCUGCCAUCACCCUCCCCGCCAUUUUUGGUAGCAGUCGAGGGCGAUGAAAAUCCUCUUUGUUAAUUCAGAAGUGGGUCCAGGUUCAAACCCCAUCCUUUCCUAGAUGGUCCACACUGGGCAUCCCUGAUUCCAUGGGAGCUACCAAAGUCUUUAUGGGAGGAUAGGGUCACUGGGGGACGUGAGCUGCUUCUAAACUGCUGGGAAGACCAGGAUGGACCACGCUGUGUUUUCUAUGAACCAUUGCUACUAACAAUAUAUUUUCUCACUGCCUGUA